AUGCAGCCAUGGCCAAAGCGCUUGCCAGGGGGAGCUCUGAGUAGGAGGACUUUAGAUGUUCCAUCAGCUUCUUCGGCAGCAAUCCAACGACCUAGUGCUCGUGCUGCAGGAGAUGUUCCAUCAGCUGAUUCGGCAGCAAUUCAACAAGCUCAUGCUCGUGUAGCAGGAGAUGUUCCAUCAGCUUAUUCGGCAGCAAUCCAACGGGCCAAUGCUCGCGUGGCAGCAAAAAGCCGCAGCAGAAAGAGGAAAGCAGCAGCGCCGUCAACUGCCGCCCCUCCAACAAAGAAGAGGGUGCGCUCUAGCUGCGCUCCUCGACCGGACUGUAUCGAAACCAGUGCAGUAGCGCAAAGGCUGGUGACGGGUCGCUCUUGUGAGAACUACAUGCUCUUGCUUCAUACAUCUUUGCUGAGCCCUGUUGACAAGGGGCCCACGCAGUCUUUGCCGGCCGUCCGUGGUCUGACCGCCAUGUAUCAAGGCCAACCUGUGUUUGUCCUCGACUCUUUCAUGUCUCGAGGUUGCCAGAAGAACGAUGUGGCUAACAUUCGUCAACUGGCCAGCGGGGAGUGGAUCCUUGGAGGGGUGGUGACCUGCAAGUCCACUGAAUUGUCUAACCUUCGCCUCCAGUAUGAAGUUACAUCCGUAGCACGUGGCCGAGUGACUCUGAGGCAGUGCUGUGGGGAUGAGGCGGUGACGGUGGUCGACCCUGCGCAGUCCGUUCACAGAGCACGUGCUAUGGCCGACGAUGCUGCGGAAGCUUUACAGCAUCGGCCCCUUCCUUGGAUGUCGGCCAAUCCAGAGCCGUUGAGUUUGCGCGCCGUGAAGCCCCAAGCAGCUGUAGAGCAUGAGCGCCAGUUUCCAUACCACCGAGUGCAACCACGUCAGGAUCGUUCGCGUUUUGAAUUCUGCUUAGAUGUUCCUUGCCCGCAGAUUUGGGACAUGACGCCGUGGCGGUGUCGCAGCUGCGAUUCUGAAACUUGGCCGGUGACAGCAGCAGAUGUGGAUGAUGAAUGCCUGCGUUUGGGUCUUGGUACACCUCUUCGUUUUACUCAGACUAGGCAUGGCAAGGUGUCCGCCUCUCCUCUACUUUUAUUUUGGUUGCUGAUGAUGCUGUACCGUGACAUGAACCUGCAUGAGGUGCGAAGGAAGUUGCUAAAUUUGUACUCCGCUUCCACAUUGCAUGCUGCGCAAAUGACCCCCUCGCUCACUAAUGUGUCUCAGCUUCGUUGGAUAUUGAUGUGUGUUCCAGACCACCACGCUAUCAAAGAUAUCUUGUUGAGCUGCUUUGCAGACUUUGUGCAGAAGAGGGUGGAUCUAAUGCAGGAGCGUCUGUUCGUGUACAAUGGUCAACUGAUUCGUGGUGAUGGCAACUAUGACCUGGCAAAGGCAGUGGUGCGCUAUGUAGAAGGACAGAAAAGUCAUCCCUACACAGUUGCUUUCGCUUGGUGCGGGGUGGAUGGUAGCUUGUUGGUGCCAGUAUCGUUUGCCCAAAGUGAGUCUUGGCAUUGCAUUGAAGCGUCCUUGGCGCCGUUGCUCCGGAAGCUCAAGCAGGCGCGACUACGGGCCGGAUUCAGUUUGGAAGAUUCUAUUCCGUGCUUCCAUGCUACGGAUUCUUACCACAAGCAUCGGCAAAAACUCUGCAAACUAUAUGGCUCAGUUUGGAAAGACUUGCGCGUGGAGGGCCAAGCACCUACGCGUUGCAAAGAUGCUUUCUGCCAGGUAGGUGUGAUUUCUGAGGAGGCAAGUCAGGCAAAGUGGUUGCUUCGUGUCACAGGCGAACCGAUGCAUGACCUCUUCGCUUUGCGUCGAUUGGCUUCUCCAGCUGCCAAUGAUUGCCGUUCAUUUCUGGCAGAUCAUGAGAGGUUGAUCCUGCGGCUUAAUGCUCCUGCCUUUCCUAGUGGGUCAUCGUCACAUUCGAUAGCCGAUGACGUCGACAUUUCAAACAGUGCUCAACUCUUAUUGCAAAGGUGUGUCAAAGAGUCGGCAGCAUCUGUGGCUGAUGCCGUGGCGGCUUCUCCAACCGAAGUAGCCGAGUUGCGUGAACUCAUGGCUUCUGAGAACGUGCAGCAACAUAUCAUCUGGCAUACUCUCUUCAGUGCCGCUCCUCCACAAGGCGUCCUCGUUCGUAUAGGCAGGCUGUUGGGGGCUUCUUUGCAUGCCAGGCAUGCUGAGCUAUACAACUUCUUGGGCAAGGACGAUUUCGUGGACGAAGUUCGGCGGAUGGAGGCUUGGUACCAAAGGCAGCUUUGGCGCUGCAUGCUGCAGGGAUUGAAGCUCAUUCUGGAACAGUGCCUGUGGAGCGCCUCUGGGCAAGAUCCUGAGGAAAUCCGCUUCAAUGCAAGCGCUGCUUUGUCCGCAGCACAAGAACAAGCGCUCGACAGAGCCUCGCAGGAAACACCCUUACAUUGGGAAGACAUUCCUGCAAGUGACUUCCUGCUAGCUUUUGCCAGUGUGAAUCACCUGUGUUCUGUACGGCGUUAUGGAGACUCUGUCUGCGCACUGCUGAAUCGUUUGGGCUAUGAUGUCACCCACCGCUCCACGCAUGCAACCCAGUUGACACUCCUCAACUUGUGGGGACAAAUCUGGAAUCCCAUGCAGGGCUCUGGGAUCACAUGCAUCUUUAGCGAGAAGCUUUUCGGAUUGCUCGCAGCUAUUGCUUUGGCUUGGUUGCAGCAAGACAAUGCAAUUACAGUGGGACUGGUGCUGCUGUAUCGCGCCAGCGUGGAUGUGCUGGAGGCGUGGCGCGAGACUUUACCUCAAGAUUGGCAAGAGCGGCUCACAGUGGCCACACCCGAACAAGUGCAAGGAGAUUCCUUCGACAAAGUCGUCUUCUUCUGCAUGCAACGACGAUGGCCACAUGAGAGCAAACCUCAAGGCCACUCUGUCCAUGAGGGGCGAAGAUUGGUAGGCCUCACUCGAAGCAAAGCAGAGCUGUUGGUUCUUGCAGAGUGGCUGCACUACAGUGACUUUCCAAGCACUCAAAGAUUUCAAAAAGAAUUUGGGACGGACGGCUGUGAUAUGAACCAGGCAGACCUACUUGCACAAUUCAGCCGCAGGUUAGGCUUGCAACUGACUGUCCCCGCCAUCUCUUGGACACAGUUGACUCCUGCUGAAAGAGAUCGCCAAGGGAACAUGGCAGCUGUGACCUUCUUGCAGCAGCCGCAGCAAUGGCAACAGAUCUGGAGCAACAUGCAGUGGCAACCGCCGCAACGAGAGGUUCCAGGCAUUCCUAGUGCACUGCCGUCAGAUCAAGAACUUGGAGGGAUUUUGCUUAUCCCAGCCAUGCCGAUGGUCAAUAUGGGGCAUACCAGCAUGUUUGUGCCUCUGAAUUUCAUUUCCAAAGCGGGACAAUACACAGGGCACCAUGCGAACCAGCUCACCAAUCAGCUCAUGGAUUUUGCGUGCAGGCAGACAGCCGCAGAGUGCGGGGCUACGCACGAAAUCCGACACCACAAACUCAAGCAUGAGGAGGUCGGUGGAGCCGAGUACUAUACCCAGAGCUGCAACUCCCUGCGCGCGGCGCAUUUGCUCCUAAGCACCAACGACACCACCUUACUCAAGGUGUACCACGGUUGUGGUACUGAACUUCAACGAGGUGACGUCUCGAGCUUAGUGGUGACAACAAGGGACAUGGGCACCCUGGCCGUCUUCUUGCGCAUCCUGAUUCGAAACUAUUGCCCCAACCAGGUGGUUCAGUUCAUCCUUCAGCACAACGAAAUGCAAGCCCACGUGCAGUUGAACCAGCACAUGCAUCAUGCCCUGGAGUGGACCGACUUUGCCCAUGGAGUCUUAGUGGCUUACCUGCUGCAGGAAGCUGUGUGA